GCUAAGGAAAGAUAUGGAGUGUCAUCAAUGAUACAAUCCCAAGAGAAACCAGAUAGAGUUUUGAUUCGAGUAAAAGACUUGACAGUGGAGAAAGCUGAUGAAGUGGUUUGGGUUCGUGGCAGAAUUCAUACAAGCAGAGCUAAAGGGAAGCAGUGUUUCUUAGUCCUGCGUCAGCAGCAGUUUAAUAUCCAGGCUCUAGUGGCUGUGGGACAGCAUGCAAGCAAGCAGAUGGUAAAGUUUGCUGCCAACAUCAACAAGGAGAGCAUUGUGGAUGUAGAAGGUGUUGUGAGGAAAGCACAUCAGAAGAUUGGAGGUUGUACUCAGCAAGAUGUUGAGCUUCACGUUCAAAGGAUCUAUGUGAUCAGUUCAGCUGAACCCCGACUGCCCUUACAGCUGGAUGAUGCUGUUCGGCCAGAAGUAGAAGGAGAGGAGGAUGGAAGAGCUACUGUAAACCAAGAUACAAGACUCGACAACAGAGUCAUUGAUCUGAGGACCUCCACUAGUCAAGCAAUCUUCUGCCUUCAGUCUGGUAUUUGUCAGCUAUUCCGAGAAACUCUUAUUCACAAGGGAUUUGUGGAAAUUCAGACUCCCAAAAUCAUUUCAGCUGCCAGUGAAGGAGGAGCCAAUGUGUUUACAGUAUCAUACUUCAAAAGCAGUGCCUACCUGGCUCAGUCCCCACAGUUGUACAAGCAGAUGUGUAUAUGUGCUGACUUUGAAAAGGUUUUUUGCAUUGGGCCAGUAUUUAGAGCUGAGGACUCCAAUACACACAGACACCUGACAGAGUUUGUUGGUCUGGAUAUUGAAAUGGCUUUUAACUAUCACUAUCAUGAAGUGGUAGAUGAAAUUGCAGAUACCUUGGUGCAGAUAUUCAAGGGACUUCAGGAAAGAUUCCAAACUGAAAUUCAGACAGUAAACAAGCAGUUCCCUUGUGAGCCAUUUAAGUUUUUGGAGCCAACUCUGAGGCUGGAAUACCGUGAAGGUGUGGCCAUGCUUAGAGAAGCUGGUGUUGAGAUGGGUGAUGAAGAAGAUCUGAGCACACCUAAUGAAAAGCUGCUGGGACGCCUAGUAAAGGAAAAGUAUGACACGGACUUCUAUAUUCUUGACAAAUAUCCUCUUGCUGUGAGGCCUUUUUAUACAAUGCCAGACCCACUAAACCCUAAAAACUCCAACUCUUAUGAUAUGUUCAUGAGAGGGGAAGAGAUCUUGUCUGGAGCUCAGAGAAUUCAUGAUCCUCAGCUGCUGACAGAAAGAGCCAAGCAUCACGGCAUCGAUUUGGAGAAAAUAAAGGCGUAUAUUGAUUCAUUUCGUUUUGGUGCACCUCCCCAUGCAGGUGGUGGAAUAGGGCUGGAAAGGGUAACCAUGCUGUACCUGGGGCUGCACAAUGUUCGUCAGACCUCCAUGUUCCCACGGGAUCCCAAGCGCCUGACACCUUAACACGAGUGGGUUUUGAAAGUUUGAGGUGAUCUGUCCUGCAAACAUGAUGUGAUGGCAAGCAUAGCCCCUGCUAUGGAUGAACCUGUAUUGAUUUGAGUAUUAUAAUAUGCAAUAAAAAAACCCACCUCAUUUCCUAAAGUGCCACAAUAUUUUUUUUAACCUUGGCUUUUUAUUUAAAAGUCUUUUAACAGGUCAAGAAUCUUUGUAUUGGCAACAGUGCACAUU